CGUGGCCGUGCUCUCCGAUGAAGAACCUCCUGCGUCACCGGAUUCAGGGAUCCUGGCCAUCAAGUGCGCUUGGUGCCACCCGCGUGUGCCCCGAAUAACGCCCAAAUAAGGAUGGCAAUCGAGGAACCACACGCCAACGCCAGUGUCUGCCAGCGGCGAGUCUGAUCAGAGGUACAUGGUCCUUGCUUACUUUAAAACCAACCUCUCGCGCUUCGAUCCCUUGCUCCUCCUCCUUCCCCUCCUUCGUUCUCUCUACCACCAUGAAGCUCGCGCUGAUCAUCGUGGGCAUUGCGGCUGGGUUCCCUUUGGCUUCUGCGAGUGCACUCCCGGAGACUGAUUCUUCCGCGGAUAUCCUCAUCCCCUAGCACGAACGCGACGUUCUGGCUCGAGGCGAUCAAGCACCAGGGCCGCUCGGCGUACAACAGCGACGCCAACUACACCGUGUUCCGCAACGUGAAGGACUUUGGGGCCGUAGGCGACGGCAUCGCCGACGACACUGCGGCUAUCCGGGCUGCUGUUUCGUUCGGAAAUCGGUGCGGAGAUGGGAACUGCAGCUCCUCGACAAUCACGCCUGCGCUGGUCUACUUCCCCAGCGGAACAUAUCUCGUGUCCCAGUCGAUCAUCGCCUACUAUCACACCCAGCUCAUCGGAAACCCGAAAGAUCCGCCCACCCUCCUCGCCGCGGCUUCGUUCACGACAUUGCUGUGAUCGAUGCGGACCCCUACACUGCAUUCGGCCAAUGGUACAAGAACCAAAACAACUUGCAAGUCUUCUUCCACACUCGGAGCCGCGAGCAUAACCCCUGAUCUCUCGCUUACAUAGUUUCCGCUCGGUGUGGGUGAGAUCCAUGUCCUGCGCAGCUUGCGACUGAAUGCGCCGCGCCGGUACAGCCGAAAUUUUGUGAUCGAUGUCCGACGGUGAGACUUUAUCUGUCGCAGGGUCUUGGGCCAGGGGCUCACGCGCGAUCGGCGCGCUUAGCGUGCCUGCUACAUCGAGCGGGACGGGGAUCCACUGGCAGGUCGCUCAGAGCACCUCCUGAUGAAUAUCCUCUUUCUCAUGUCCGAGGAUCCGAACACGGCUCACCAGGGAAUUUGGAUGGAGAACGGCAGCGGUGGGUUCAUGGGAGAUCUUGUAUUCCACGGAGGCAAAUUCGGAAUGUGGGUGGGAAAUCAACAGUUCACAGUGCGAAAUGUCUCGAUCAGCAAUGCACAAACUGCCAUUCAGGGUGUCUGGAACUGGGGCUGGACGUUCCAAGGGGUGCAGAUCACCAAUUGUGGGAUCGGUUUCGACUUGCUCAAUGGGGUCGGCGCAGAGGCCAUCAUCGAUGUCACAGUCCAGGACACGCCCAUCUUCCUUCGGACUGCGGUGCCCAGCAACGGCACCCUCGUCGGGUCGCUGGUCCUGAACAACAUCGACCUCCACAAUGUCACAGAUGCCGUCGCUGUUGUCGGCGGCGAGGUGGUUCUUGCCGGUGCUCCCGCUUCGAAGAUGCACAUCGACUCGUGGGCGCAAGGCAACAAAUUCUCAGGUACCAAUUCCACGGGAGCAUUUCAACAGGAUUACGUCAGCGCUCCGCCCAAGGCCGCGUCGUUGCUUGAUUCCCAAGGCAGAAUAUUCGGGAGGGUCCAUCCGCAGUACGAGGACCAUCCCGUCACGGACUUUGUCAGCGUGCGAGACCACGGUGCGGUCGGAGACGGCAAGGCGGACGACACGCAAGCUCUCCAGGCGGUUCUCGACAAAUACGCCACCUCGAAAAUCAUCUUCUUUGAUGCGGGGGCAUACAACAUCACGUCGACGCUGACCCUGCCCGCGGGAUCCAGGAUCGUCGGCGAGGCGUGGUCGAUUAUAUCUGGCUCGGGACCGGCGUUCCAGGACCAGAACAAUCCCACUGUCAUGGUCCGGGCGGGAGAGCCUGGAUCGGUGGGGGUAAUGGAGAUUACAGAUAUCGUAUUCACGACUGCUGGCCCUGCCGCCGGAGCGAUCGUCUUGGAAUGGAACAUCAAACAGAGCGAACAGGGCUCCGCCGGAACUUGGGACACCCAUAUUCGGCUCGGCGGAUCGGCAGGGACCAAUCUCGAGACCGCCCAAUGCCUUCCGGAGAGUCCCGAACUGAACUGCACGGCUGCGUUCAUGGCGUUGCAUCUCACGCCCCAGUCUACGGGAUAUUUCGAAGUUGAGCAGUUCGCUAAUCAUGGUCUCGACGAUAAACUCGAGACGCAGCUGACUAUCUUCAGCGGGCGAGGGAUUCUUUCGGAAUCGCAGGGUCCUGUGUGGAUGAUCGGAACAGCGGAGCACUUUACGCUCUAUCAAUACCUGCUCCGAAACGCCCAGAAUCAUUACAUGGGACUCGUCCAAACAGAGAUACCAUAUUUCCAGCCGUAUAAAAUCCCACUCCCCUUUCCAUUCCAUACUUCUGCGGUCUAUGGAGAUCCUGUCUUCCCUCCUGGGAUUAAUAUGGCUUGGGCGGUGCUCGUAACGGGGUCAAAGAAUAUUUUAAUAUUCGGCGCCGGUUUAUACUCGUUCUACUCAAACUACAGCCAAGACUGUUUGCAAACGCGCAACUGUCAAAGCCACAUCCUCAGCAUCAGCAAGGAUUCUUCUGUGUACAUAUACAGCAUGGCCACCGUUGCCAGCACAUAUCAAAUCAGCGUCGAUGGCGCCGGUAUCGUCAACCAGGCCGACAACAACAACGGCUUUGCGUCGACCGUCACUGUUUGGGAACCAAUCGAAUAGUUGUACAUCAAAUCACGUUAUAUUGACAUUACACGUAAACAACCAACAAUACACACGCGCUUCAUUUGUAUACUGUAUACACACACCACACUACGCACGAGCCAUGUCUCUGACUGUGAAGAGAACGUACGGCUCGAAACGCACAUCGCGGUCCACGCUCUCCUCGCCUCCCACUUCUCCGCUCGCUGCGUCCUCCUCGCCCGCCACGGGCGAGAAACGGAAACGCGCUGACGCGCUGGGCGACGCCCCGGAGCCCAAGACCCCGCGCACAUCUCUAUUCAAAUCCACAUCGAGGCACGCGGCGACAUCGAAGAGCAAAGCCAAGGCGCCCAAGACGCUCACGCAGCUUCACUUCUGCAUCGACCAGCCGGUCCUGCGCGCGUGCCCGCUCUGCUCGCUCUCUUACAUGAAGGGCGCGGCCGAUGACGAGGCGCUGCACAAGUCCCACUGCGUGCGCGUGCAGAAGGGCAUGGAGUGGGGGAGGGAGGAGGAGCGGGAGGUGGGCAGGGCGGGGGUCAUCGAGCUGCCGGGCAUGACCUUGCGUGGCGGAAAUCGCGCGCGGAUUAUCUACUUCAAGGCGGAUGUGGGCGGGAAGAUUGGUUCCAAGUUGGCAACGCUGCUGAAAACUAUCAACCUCGCGCUAUCCGCGCCUGAUUUGACCCCGGCGAUUCUACAGGCAUCCAAGGCGUAUCUGCUGCUUGUUCCGAGUGUAACGGGGACACGCGAGACGAUUGUUGGUUGCGUCAUCGCACAACAAAUCUCUACCGCCAUGGCAAUCGCGCCGCCCACGGCAUCCGACUCUGAUCUGAUACCAAUGGGCGAGGCCGUAUCGUGCUAUCGCGAGGCCCUCCCAACGCCUCUCGGGAUUCCGCGGCUCUUCGUUUCCUCGG